UCCGGUCUGUCCCCGCCUAGACAGCCCAGUCAGAGCGGAGGAGUUUGUUUUCUUUUUCACAGCAGCGUUAAAGUUUCGGUUUGUUUCACUCCGGGGAUGAGUUUGGAUCCGUGGAGCCGGGUGGAUGAACUCAGCGCCCGGGGGAAGAGCGAGGUCGCUCCACGGCUCUGCUCCUCCAUCCUGCCGUGAUCGGGUGUCUCCUGUGCGGGGCUCGUCUCUCUCUGCACGGCGGCUCGUCUCCUGGAUCUACCCGCUCUUCUCCUGGAUCUACCUUCUCAUCUGCUGGACUUGUCGGCUCUUCCGUCGCAGCAUGGCGGCCAGACCCACCGAGCUCGGCGCCGCAGAGCCCGAUGCCGCCGGUGAGCGGAUCAGAAACCACCACAAGCAGGCGUUUGAGUACAUCUCCGUGGCUUUGCGCAUCGACGAGGACGAAAAAGGACACAAGGAACAGGCGGUAGAGUGGUACCGUAAGGGCAUCACUGAGCUGGAGAAAGGCAUCGCCAUCCAAGUCACAGGCACUGGAGAGAAAUCGGACCGAGCCAGACGGCUACAGGCUAAGAUGACCACCAAUCUGACCAUGGCCAAAGACCGGUUAGAACUGCUGGCUAAGCUGCGGUCAGAAUCUCAUCGCUCUGUUUACACUGACGGCUCUGACCAGGCUCUGUCCAACGGCAACCUGCGGCCAGUCAGUGGUGCUGUUCCUAAGAAGAGAGACUCUAAUACGUCUCAGGCGAAGGUGAAACAGCCCACCAGACCACCCUUCAGCGCCCCCCAGCGUGCACACAGCUUCACUGCAGCACCUACAGGAGCCACCGGCCGACCUGGACAGCACAAGGCUGCGGCUGGUCGUGGUGGAGGCAGAGGGAACGUUAAAGCCGGUGGUGCUCCUUCCUCCGCUCUACAGCCGAAGAGAGACAUGAAGAACUUUAAAAAUGUGGACAGCAAACUAGCCAACCUCAUCCUUAACGAGAUAGUGGACAGUGGCUCAGCGGUGCGGUUUGAGGACGUAGCUGGACAGGAUUUGGCUAAGCAGGCUCUCCAGGAGAUCGUAAUCCUGCCGGCGCUGCGGCCUGAGUUGUUUACUGGCCUCAGGGCUCCUGCGAGAGGCCUCCUCCUGUUCGGUCCCCCCGGCAACGGGAAAACCAUGCUGGCCAAAGCGGUUGCCAUGGAAUCCAAUGCUACCUUCUUCAACAUCAGUGCUGCCAGUCUGACCUCUAAAUAUGUGGGUGAAGGUGAGAAACUGGUUCGGGCUCUGUUUGCUGUUGCCAGGGAACUUCAGCCAUCAAUCAUCUUCAUUGAUGAAAUAGACAGUCUGCUGUGUGAGAGAAGAGAAGGAGAGCAUGACGCCAGCAGAAGACUGAAGACUGAGUUCCUCGUCCAGUUUGACGGAAUGCAGUCAGGAGGUGAUGACCGUGUGUUGGUGAUGGGAGCCACUAACAGACCUCAGGAACUGGACGAGGCUGUGCUGAGGCGCUUUCCCAAGCGUAUUUACGUGUCUUUGCCCACAGAGGAGACACGUCUGAAGCUGUUGAAGAACCUGCUGGCGAAACAUGGCAACCCACUGACACAGAAGGAGCUGAGUCAGCUAGCCAGGAUGACUGAUGGUUACUCGGGCAGUGAUCUGACCUCUUUGGCUAAAGAUGCUGCACUCGGACCCAUAAGAGAACUGCGUCCGGAGCAAGUGAGGAACAUGGCUGCAAACGAGAUGAGGAACAUCCGUUUCUCUGAUUUUGUGGACUCUCUGAAGAAGAUAAAGAGGAGUGUGAGUCCUCAGACUCUGGAUCAGUACGUCCGCUGGAACCGAGAGUACGGAGACACGACUGCUGUAUGACACGCAGUUCCUCUGUGUGACCUCUGAGCUUUAAACUGUGACCUGCUGGUCCUUAAACAUGAAUGAAGACUAGUUUGGCUCUGAUGGAGGAGCUGCCGUCUACCGUGAGCCCCCCUGGAGGAGAACGGACACCUGUGGAGGAGAAUUUAUUCAGACUUAUUCGGAAAAGCACUGCAUUUUUACGGAUUCUGCUGCGGUACUGAAAACUGUCUGGUGUGGAUUUGCUGAGUGUGCACUAGUGCAUUAGAUUUAGAUGAAUCAGAACUGAACUGACGAACACAUGAACCUUUUGACUCAGCGUCAGAUAAUCAGACGAGAACCGGCUUCAACAGAACUUUCACUUGUCUGGAAACCUGUGCAUGAGAAGCUGUGGAAGUGGCUCAGUGGUGAGGGCUUCACUACUGGAACAUGUUGGACUUGGAGGGGCUCUGUUGUGAGUCCCACUGUGGGGGACGCUGUAUGUCCAAAAGUUUGUAGACACCUGCUCAUCCAGUGCUGCUUAAUUAAUAGGUAGUCCUUCACCUUACCCUUCUGAGAAGGCUUUAUACUAGAUGUUGGAACAUUGCUGUGAGGAUUUGAUUGAAUUCGGCCACAAGACUAUUAGUGAGAUCAGGUACUGGUGUUGGAUAGUCAGCUCUGGAUCACUCCACUCCAGCUCAUCCCAAAGGUAUUGGAUGGAGCUCCGUCACUCCAGAGGACGUUCAGAGCGUCCCGCUCUAUUGGUGUAGAAAUUGAAUGCUUAUGUCAGCAAUAGGUCCUUAAAGUAGCUUUUGGACAUACAGUAUAAAAACAGGAGAAUUUUACUGUUGUAAAAUAGAUCACCACCAACUGGCCAACCCAUGCAAAUGUUUCAUAGCAACUGUUGCCAGGUUGGACAAGCUUUACAAAACAUUGACAAAAAUCUCAUUCAGUCUUAACGAGAAAUUGAGUAAAAGUUUUUGCCCAAAAUACCUAAAUUUAAAGUGCCAUAUACACCGAUCAGGCAUAACAUUAUGACCACCUCCUUGUUUCUACACUCAUUGUCCAUUUUAUCAGCUCCACUUACU